CGACCGCAGCAGCAGCCCUAGGGCUGAGCGGCGGUGGCCUCCUGGCAGCUCUGGCAAGAGGCAGCUCCGAGAGCCCUGGCCCUGGGGAGAUCCAGCCCAGGCGGCUGCCAGAAUGGAGGAAACGUCGAGUGGAGCCGGAGCCACCGGGGACGGACUUCCUCCCCAGCUCAGCUCCCUGACAGCUCGGCGAGGCCCGUUGGAAGGGUCAACGAGUGGAAGAGGCUUGCGCCUCGGGCCUGGCAGCGGCAGCCGAAGAACGAGGCGGGCACAGCGGGGUAACGCGCGAGCCGGGGCCGUUCUCGGGAACCUACAGCGCCACGGCCGCUCAUUGUCUCUCCCCUUCCACCCCGGGGCAAACAGGAAGCCCGCCGCCUGGCCGAGUGACGGACGGGCGUCCGGACCAAUGAGCGCAGCCGACGGCGAGCGUGCUGGCAAAUGAGCGCCGGGAAGAGGGGCGGAACUUCCGGGCGGGCUGUCACCCUCUUCCCCCCUUUUGGGCUGGAGGCUCCACCUUUUGUGUUUCCCGCACAGUCAAUCAAAAUAGGAAAAAAAAAAAUCCCCGGACCGCUCCGGCCGUGUCCGCCGCCGCUUCCCGCAUCCUCUCCCGCCGCCGCCGCCUUCGCUUCUCACCAUGUGUAAGGCGGCGGGGAGCCCCGCCUGAGCUGUCCUAAACACACUAUGACCGCUCCCGAAAAGCCCGUGAAACAAGAGGAAAUGGCUGCCCUGGACGUGGACGGCGGCGGCGGCGGCCACGGCGAGUAUCUGCAGCAGCAGCAGCAGCAGCAACAGCAGCAGCAGCAGCAGCAGCACGGAAACGGCGCGGCGGCGGCGGCGGCCCAGGACACUCAGCCGUCACCGCUCGCUCUGCUGGCCGCUACCUGCAGCAAGAUAGGGCCGCCAUCGCCGGGCGACGACGACGAGGAGGCGGCCGCCGCCGCCGCCGGGGUCCCCGCCGCCGCCGCCGCCGCCGCCGGAGCGACAGGUGAUUUGGCUUCUGCACAGUUAGGAGGAGCACCAAACCGAUGGGAGGUUUUGUCAGCUACACCUACAACUAUAAAAGAUGAAGCUGGUAAUCUAGUACAGAUUCCAGGUGCUGCUACUUCAAGUGGGCAGUAUGUCCUUCCCCUUCAGAAUUUGCAGAAUCAACAAAUAUUUUCAGUUGCACCAGGAUCAGAUUCAUCAAAUGGUACAGUGUCCAAUGUUCAGUAUCAAGUAAUACCACAGAUUCAGUCAACAGAUGCUCAGCAGGUUCAGAUUGGCUUCACAGGCUCCUCAGACAAUGGGGGUAUAAAUCAAGACAGCAGCCAAAUUCAGAUCAUUCCUGGCUCUAAUCAAACCUUACUUGCCUCUGGAACACCUCCUGCUAAUAUCCAGAAUCUCAUACCACAGACUGGUCAAGUCCAGGUUCAGGGAGUUGCAAUUGGUGGUUCAUCAUUUCCUGGCCAAACUCAAGUAGUUGCUAAUGUGCCUCUUGGUCUGCCAGGAAAUAUUACCUUUGUACCAAUCAAUAGUGUCGAUCUAGAUUCUUUGGGACUCUCGGGAAGUUCUCAGACAAUGACUGCAGGCAUUAAUGCCGAUGGACAUUUGAUAAACACAGGACAAGCUAUGGAUAGUUCAGACAAUUCAGAAAGGACUGGUGAGCGGGUUUCUCCUGAUGUUAAUGAAACGAAUGCUGAUACAGAUUUAUUUGUGCCAACAUCCUCUUCAUCACAGUUACCUGUAACAAUAGAUAGUACAGGUAUAUUACAGCAAAACACAAAUAGCUUGACUACUGCUAGUGGGCAAGUCCAUUCUUCAGAUCUUCAGGGAAAUUAUAUCCAGUCGCCUGUUUCUGAAGAGACACAGGCUCAGAAUAUUCAGGUUUCUACAGCACAGCCUGUUGUACAACAUCUACAACUUCAAGAUUCUCAGCAGCCAACCAGUCAAGCCCAAAUUGUGCAAGGUAUUACACCACAGACAAUCCAUGGUGUGCAAGCCAGUGGUCAAAACAUAUCACAACAGGCUUUGCAAAACCUUCAGUUGCAGCUGAAUCCUGGAACCUUUUUAAUUCAGGCACAGACAGUGACCCCUUCUGGACAGAUAACCUGGCAAACGUUUCAAGUACAAGGGGUCCAGAACUUGCAGAAUUUGCAAAUACAGAAUACCGCUGCCCAACAAAUAACUUUGACGCCUGUUCAGACACUCACGCUUGGUCAAGUCGCAGCAGGUGGAGCCUUGACUUCAACUCCAGUUAGUCUAAGCACUGGUCAGUUGCCAAAUCUACAGACAGUUACAGUAAAUUCUAUAGAUUCUACUGGUAUACAGCUACAUCCAGGAGAGAAUGCUGACAGUCCUGCAGAUAUUAGGAUCAAGGAAGAAGAACCCGAUCCUGAAGAGUGGCAGCUCAGUGGUGACUCCACGUUGAACACCAAUGACCUGACACACUUAAGAGUACAAGUGGUCGAUGAAGAAGGGGACCAGCAUCAAGAAGGAAAGAGACUGCGGAGGGUGGCUUGCACCUGCCCCAAUUGUAAAGAAGGCGGUGGGAGAGGUACCAAUCUUGGGAAAAAGAAGCAACACAUUUGUCAUAUACCAGGAUGCGGUAAAGUCUAUGGGAAAACCUCACAUCUGAGAGCUCAUCUGCGUUGGCAUUCUGGGGAGCGCCCAUUUAUUUGUAACUGGAUGUUCUGUGGUAAAAGAUUUACACGAAGUGAUGAAUUACAGAGGCACAGAAGGACACACACAGGUGAAAAGAAAUUUGUUUGUCCAGAAUGUUCAAAACGCUUUAUGAGAAGUGACCACCUUGCCAAACAUAUUAAAACACAUCAAAAUAAAAAAGUUAUUCACUCUAGCAGUACAGUGCUAGCAUCUGUGGAAGCUGGGAGAGAUGACACCUUGAUUACUGCAGGAGGAACAACACUUAUCCUCGCAAAUAUUCAACAGGGGUCUGUGUCAGGGAUAGGAACUGUCAAUACUUCUGCCACCAGCAAUCAAGACAUCCUUACCAACACUGAAAUACCUUUACAGCUUGUCACAGUUUCUGGAAAUGAGACAAUGGAGUAAAUAUUACACAAAUACUUAUUCAUUGUGGUUAUUUUUAUACAGUAGUGAGAAGAAUAUUGUUCCUAAGUUCUUAGAUAUCUUUUUAUUGAUGUGCAAAAAUUUUUGGAUUGACAGUAACUUGGUUAUACAUGACACUGAAAUGCCUUACUUUGUAUGAUAUUCCAUAGUAUAUUAAAAAAAUGGUAAAAUUGCAUGGGUUUUGUAGGUACUUUUGGAAUCUAGAAGAAAUGAAAUUUUACCAAGUUAUAUAAAGAGAAAAUUGAAUUUAACAAUGCGAAUGGUAGUCUAACCAAAUGCAUCAAUCCUGUGUGGUUUAGUGUAAAAAUGAGAAACUGUUGGUAUUUAUCUAUUGUAAGAUAAAAAAAAGUUGGUGGGUGAAAGAAAUCAUGUUAUGAUAAAUUUUUGUAAUUUUCUUGAUAACUGGAAUUUUUAUUAUGCAUAACUGACAAAUCAAGUUUCCAAGCAAAUGUUACAUAGUGUAGGCUUUACUUAGCUUAUCAAUUUGUCAUUUUGAAGCUAAUUAUUUUAAUUAGGUUAACUGUACAAUAUUUUAAGCAUUACUCUUGUAAGAUUUUGAAAACUACAUUUUAACAUGGACCUUUAGGGAUAGUCACCUUUUAAAUCCUGUUGAAAAGCCAUGUUUAAGAUUUAAUUUGCCAAAAUAAUGUCUUGUUAAUAUUCUUUCAAUAAUGAAGUUGGGCAAUAUAACCAAUGUUUUUAAAAAGUUUAAAAUGUGUAGGUUGAAGCAUUUGGGUGGUAAAAAAACAUUCUAGUGAAUUACCCCUUUACCUGAAGUUUGGAGGACCAAAAAGUCAUAAUAAGGUAUAUUGCGUCUUAGCAAUGAUUUUUUUUGUUUUUGUUUUUGUUUUUUAAAUCUAAUCUUGUUUCCAAAAACCAUGUCUGCCAGGGCCUUAAAAGCCAUCGUGUAAAUUACCAAUAAAGUAUAACAUAUGCAAACAUAACAAAAUCACUUCCACAGUGACGAUACUCCAAUCAUAUGGAUAUUAGUCAUAGAAACUAGAGGCUUUAUGAUAUUUUUUUAAAUUUUUUUUAAAUCUAGAUAGUCUGCACUUAAAUAUCAACCAUUUUCCUUUUUUUUGCUUCUUCCCUUAAAAUUUAUAUGUAUCCAAUACAUUUAAUUGAGAAAUGUAUGUUUUUUAUUAUGCUGUAUUUUCUUUUUAUUUUUUAAUUAUUGUUUAUAUUUUCAAUUAAAAAUGUACAAAAUAAAAUUACAUUGCUGGUCUUGUAAGAGCUCUACAGUUUUCCUAAAUGUAUCUAUAACUGCAGCAUUUCACCUAUUUGAAGAAGUUGGAUUCUGUUCGUUUGUUUAAGACCACCCCAGAUUUAAAGGCUCCUUAUUGUACCUUUAAAGUGUAUUAUAACAGUGUGGUAGUUAAUAAAACACUAUUUUUUUUUUCUUUUGAGUUUGUUGUAGUCCGAUGCAUUUAAAAUACUGCAGUGAUAUGGAUAAGAAAGUCUGGUUUAAUUUUUCUUUACUUUAGCCUCUUAUUUUUAGAUUCUUGAUUUCAGAUGCUGGGAUUGUAAACAAAUAUUUACUUUAAAAAAGGUGUACAGAGGUGCUGGCAAUAUAAUUUUUCACUUAAUGAAUUUAUUAAACAUAACUUGAAAAAGUCCUAA